GCCACAUAUGCUGGGCAGGAAGAGGACACCUCAAAGUCUCAAGUUUGGGUUAAGGUUGGGUAGGCGGUGAUAGAACUGCCCCCCUUUGGUAUGCAAGCCGCAUAUUGAAUUCGCGGCCUCUCGUUCGCGAUAGUCUGUCCAUUUCAUAUUCCCGAGCACCAAUCAGCAAGACAUAUACAGACAACCCCAAGACAACUGCGAAAAUGGUGGUCCUCGCAGCUUCAAUCUGCACUCGCGGCGGCAAGGCUGUCCUGUCGAGGCAGUUCCGCGAGAUGCCCCGGUCGAGGAUAGAAGCUUUGCUCGCCUCGUUCCCAAAGCUUGCCGACAGUGGUACCCAGCACACGACCGUUGAGCAGGACAAUGUUCGAUUCGUCUACCAGCCCCUCGACGAGCUCUACAUGGUUCUCAUCACGAACCGUCAGUCCAACAUCCUUCAGGAUAUCGACUCCCUGCACCUUUUCGCACAGGUUGUGACCAGCACUUGCAAGAGCUUGGACGAGCGGGAGAUUCUCAAGAAUGCCUACGAACUCCUUAGCGCCUUUGACGAGCUGGUUACUCUGGGCUACAGGGAGAACUUGACCAUUAGCCAGAUCAAGACCUUCCUCGAGAUGGAGAGUCACGAGGAGCGCAUCCAGGAGAUUAUUGCGAGGAACAAGGAACUCGAGGCCACGGAGGAGCGCAAGAGGAAGGCCAAGCAGCUGGAGAUGCAGCGUAAAGAGUCUGCUCGCAGUGGUAGGCCCGGCGGCGCACAGAGAGCACCAGUCUACCCGACAUAUACACCUCCGUCUCGCCCUGCAGUCACAGACACCUAUGACACGUACGAGGCUGAGAAGAACAAGUCAAAAUUCACUGCACCAAAGGGCAAGGGCAUGCAGCUUGGCAAGAAAUCCAAGACGACGGAUAUGUUCGAGCGGGUGCGCGGAGAUAUGGGCAACGAGAUCGACGAUACGCCGCUUGUUGCUCCCACAGCUUCCGCCGCACCCCUCGCUUCGGAGCCGCCGCGCCGGCAAUCUGUUGGCACGGACCGCGAUUCUAUCCAUAUCACCGUAUCAGAGAAUAUUACUGCCAAGAUCUCAAGGGAAGGCACACUAAAUUCGCUGGGUGUCAAGGGUGACUUGAACCUGCGGGUAUCGGACCCGACGAUGACCAAGAUCAAACUGCAGCUUGUGGCCAACCCGACGCACGGUGCCCAAUUCCGGACACAUCCUAACGUAGACCGCAACCUUUUCAACAGCUCUAAGGUCAUCCAAAUGAGCAAGGCUGAUAGGGGCUUCCCCGUCAACAACUCAGUCGGUGUGCUGAGGUGGAUGGCGACGCCGAAGGCAGACGACACUAGUGCGCUUCCGAUCAGCUUCACCGUCUGGGUCAACAAGGGCUCUGAUGGAAACUGCACAUUAACGGUCGAGUACGAACUCACUGGAGGAGACGAGCUCAGGGACGUCAGCGUCUCCAUCCCAUACUCGAGCACAGAGCCGACGGUGUCGAGCUUUGAUGCCACGUAUGAGGUGUCCGGAGACAACCUUGAGUGGGCGAUUGGCACGGUCAAUGAGGAGAAUGCCAAUGGCUCAUUUGAGUUUGAGGCAAUGGCCGACGAUGAAAACGAGUUUUUCCCGAUGCAGGUCCGGUUCUCCAAGACGACCCCAUUUGUUGACGUGGAUAUUUCGUCGGUGACGCUCCUUGAAAUGAACGAGGAAGUCACUUUCUCAAAAGACGUGAGGUGUACUGCCGACACUUACUUGAUCGAAUAGUCGGAUGGUUUUGGCCUGGGUGUGUGUUUUUGGAGGCCGGCGCUUGGAGUCUUAAGAAUUGGUCGACAAAAAGGCACAACCGGUUUAUCGGCCUGUCCAGAUAGAGGUAGCAAGAUAACAUAAACCUUGGAUUACGUAUGGCGCCUUGAGAGAACUAAGGUUUAUGUGUCCUUUCAAUCCCAUGUUAUGAUCUGUCCUGGAAGGUUAGGCCUGCAUAUUGUGGCUCGCUGCAGAC